AUUUUAAAAAGAUACUUUUUAUUCUACAGGUGUUGUCUGUGGCUGUCUACAAUCAUUAUAAAAGAAUAUACAACAAUAAUCCAAAUCAAUCUAAUAAUUCAAGGCAAGAUAUGGCGGUAAUGGAACAGGGCCCACACAACAUUACACAUAGAGAUCAACCUCAUAUCACCGGCUUAGGAAAUGCAUCCUUGGGAAUGAGUUUUGGAACGGUAGAUUCGUCGAGAACAUCCCAAUCUUCUACUGGUUCGGACAUAUUGGAUAGAACAGCACACGAACUGAAGUUGGAAAAAAGCAAUAUUUUAUUACUGGGACCUACUGGAUCAGGUAAAACGCUUCUAGCUCAAACUAUAGCUCAGUGUUUAGAUGUGCCUUUUGCGAUUUGCGAUUGCACCACUUUGACUCAGGCUGGGUACGUAGGAGAGGACAUUGAAAGUGUGAUUGGAAAACUACUUCAAGAUGCUGGAUACAGCGUGGAGAAGGCUCAAGUUGGAAUUGUGUUUUUAGAUGAAGUUGAUAAAAUUGGCGCAGUUCCCGGGAUUCAUCAACUUAGAGAUGUUGGAGGUGAGGGAGUUCAACAAGGUAUGCUGAAAAUGUUGGAAGGGACAGUGGUGAAUGUUCCAGAAAGGAAUUCUCCCAGAAAACUCAGAGGAGAGACUAUUCAAGUGGAUACAACAAACAUUCUUUUCGUGGCCAGCGGUGCCUACAACGGUCUGGAAAGAUUGAUUCAGAGGAGGAAUAAUGAAAACUACCUGGGUUUCGGAGCUCCUGUCUCGGAAGGAAAAGGAAGACGAGCUGUAGCUCAAGAAGCAACCCUACAUCAGUCCUCUCAGAGUGCCGAAGAGGAAAAUGCCGAAAAAGAUGCUGCCCUCAAACAAGUUCAAGCUAGAGAUCUCAUAGACUUUGGAAUGAUACCUGAAUUUGUGGGGAGGUUUCCUGUUCUUGUUCCGUUCCAUUCUUUAGACCAGAACAUGUUGGUGAGAAUCCUAACUGAACCUAAAAAUGCUUUGCUUCCUCAAUAUAAGAGGCUAUUGAUUAUGGAUCAGUGUAACCUUACUUUCACUCCUGAUGCCCUGAAUGCCAUAGCGCAACUAGCAAUGGAAAGGAAGACCGGAGCUAGAGGAUUGAGGGCGAUAAUGGAAUCUCUACUAUUAGAGCCUAUGUUUGAAGUUCCUGGUGCAAGCAUUUCUGAGGUGCACGUAACUGAAGACUAUGUGAGAGGUAAUGGUUCUCCAAUUUACGUCAAGAAUACAGAUACAUCAAAUCCCGAAACCAACGAAGAAGAUGAGCUCAAUACGUCUAUUAGAUUAAAACAGUGAUACGGGUGUAGAAAAAUUAAAACGUGAUGUGAUGCUCUAAUACUAGGCUGUUUUGCUUCCUUUGACUUAUCCAGAUUGGGCGAAUGAAAUGAUAAUAGCAAAAUAUUUAAAAAAAGGAAAAAUUCUUGAUAUGUCGAAAGGGAAUAUAGUUUUAAUAAAUAACCGAAAUUUAUAUAGGG